GAUGCGGAAAUGCUUCAAAGAACAUCAGAAGAUUUUUUUCCAAAGAUGGAAAGUUCAGUUGAAGAGAUGGAUACCUCUGAUACCCAGUGGGGCUGGUUUUAUUUGGCUGAGUGUGGUAAAUGGCAUAUGUUUCAGACUGAUUCGAACAGUCAUUGCUCUGUUAGCAGUGAAGAUAUUGAAAGGAGCUUCCGAACAAACCCACAUGGUUCUGUUUCUUUUACUACUGCAAAAUUUAACUACACGCUAGACUUUUCAGUGAUGAAACAAACCAACCUAACUACCCUUAAGCAACGUCCAAUAAAGCGAGCUCCCUUUUCUAUCAGUGCUUUCAGUUUCAUCUGUGAAAAUGAGGCUAUCCCUAUGCCUUCACACUGGGAGAAUGUAAAUACUGAGGAGCCAUAUCAGCUUAUUCCAUUGCAAAAGAAAACAAAUGAAUAUACUGAAGUUUCUAGUCUCUUUGGAAAAACAAUGGAUAGCCACCGAAUUAAAAGAAUUAAGAGAAUACAAAAUCUAGACUUGUGGGAGUUUUUUUGCAGGAAAAAAGCUCAACUAAAGAAGAAGAGAGGUGUCCCAACUAUUAAUGAGCAGAUGUUAUUUCAUGGCACCAGUAAUGAAUUUGUAGAAGCAAUAUGUAUUCAUAACUUUGACUGGAGAAUAAAUGGGAUGCAUGCCGCUGUAUAUGGAAAAGGGACCUAUUUUGCAAGAGAUGCCUCAUAUUCCAGUCGUUUCUGCAAAGAGGACAUGAAGCAUGGAGAUACUUUUCAAAUUCAUGGUGUGAAUCUGCAGCCUCAUCUGCAUAGACCAGAUAAAGUCAUGUUUCUUGCUCGUGUAUUAACUGGUGACUAUAUCAAUGGUGAUUCAAAAUACAUGAGGCCUCCUUCAAAAGAUGGAAGUUUUGUGAACUUGUAUGACAGCUGUGUGGAUAAUACCUGGAACCCAAAGAUCUUUGUUAUCUUUGAUGCCAACCAAAUCUACCCUGAGUACCUAAUAGAAUUUUGUUAAGCUUGAAAGGAGCUGAACUGGAUAUUGUUUGUGUCUUUUUGAUACUUUUGUUCCUUUUGUAAAGACAACAAUAUAAAAACAUGAAGCGUGAAAGGAGAGAGGUGAAAGAAAAGCUAGCAUAUGUUUACGGAGGAGAGAAGCUAUGAAACAUUAAGAGGGAUUGUCGAACUGUUUUAAAAAUCUGUAAACUUUACUAACGCAUUUUGCAAAUGUAGAGACUAUUACAAAUUUGAAAUUGCUUAGUGAGCCUUAAAUACAUUGGGCAUUGGUAAGUUUUCAAAGGCAAGAUUUAUGUUCUGAUUUUUUUAAUAUAUUGCAAGUAUUUAUUCAUGUGGUAGAAAUAUGCCUGUAAUAUAGUAUACAUAUGAUGAAACUAAUCUUUUAUAAAGAUUGUCUGUAGAACAUAACAAUAACAAAAACAACAACAACAAAAAAAAACCCCAGGGGACUUGGCUACAUAUGUGUGUAUGUCUGUGUUCUGUAGUACACGUUGCUUUUGUGUUUGGAGGUGUCUCAGUUUGGAUUCUAAACCUACAAAAAAAUCCUUCCGGAGAAAACUGAUGAAGGAGCUAUAAAGUUCACCGAAGCUGUUAUGUUUAACUUCAGGUACAUUUAACUGUAAGCUUCAAUUAUAUACUUGCAAAGCUUUAGUCAUAUACUUGCAAGAUUACAAAACGCUUGCACUAGGAUUUGAACUUUGGUUUUGAUGGAAAUGAUGCCCAUAAGCUCUUGUGGUUGUUAAUUGUUUGGUAUGUAACUGUUGAGCUCAGUGUUGGGAUAUCAGCAGUACCGUACACCUUUCUGAGUUCUUCUAUAGAAUUUUUGCCCUCUUGCUAUAAUAUGCGUGUGUAUGCACUUACAUUCAUGCAGCUGUGCUGCUGUGAUUCUUGCCUGGUUAGGGUUUAAGAAGCACUCAGUGCUCAUGUACUUGCUGUUACUGAAAGCAAUGUUUAGAUUAACUUUACUGGAAAUAAUACAGUUUAACUAUGAAAAUUUCAAAAGAUGCCAUCCUUUAAUUUUUAAACACUUUAAUAGAAAGCUUUCAAUAACACUGGUGUAGAUCAGGUUUUCAUAACUUGUAUAGUUGUGAAGUUAAAGAGUAUUUUUCACAUGUAGAAAGAGCAAAAGAGACAGUAUUUGGGUAAAGAACAAACUUGAGUACCUAAAUACAUGAAGAGCCUGAAGAAGGGGCUGUUACAGUUAAACUGUUACUGAAAUGUUAAACAAUUUGCUACAAAAUUGUGUCCCUAGUGUUUUUCUUCGUUAAAGGACCUAAGGAGCACUAAG